GUGCGCGCACUGGUAGGUGUUCUGUGGUGCGCGUUUGAGCGCACAUUUCCUGUGGCGUUGCGAGCGCUUGCCCUGUGCUAAAAGGAAUUAGGACCGCUUACUUACUUACUUACUCUUUAUGACCUGAGAUGGCAAGCGCGCGUCGUUUAUCAUGGAGGCCAUCCGACUCUUGCUUUAGAUCAAAAACCUGUGUGUACCAUUCGCGCGCGCGUGUGUGUGUGUGUGUGCGCGCGCGUGUGUGUGUCUGUGUUCCAUCUGUGAGACAUUGUGAAAAACGUGUCUUGACUACAGCAGAGCGCCGUUCUAGCAGAGGGGACUUGGCCACACUGCAAAGUCUUGCUCAUCGAGGAGUGCCUGCGGGACGGGGCAUUCAUGUCAAGUAGUGUCCACCAAGUAACGAGCCAGAACGAUGCUAACGUUCAAGCACGAGCAACUGGGAGCACCACCCACACUGCAUUAUCUGCGACACUUCAUGCAGCAUCUGUGUCAACUGGCGCUCGACGACGAGGGAGGCCACGCAUGACCGAGGCGCAAAAGGCAGCGAGCAAAAGACGGCAUGCUGAGGCUAUGCGACGAAAGCGGCGGGAAAACCCCCAAUUGCUGGCUGAACAGAGUGAGGCAAAACGGCAGCGGCAAUGGAGCUUAUAUGGUUCCGCCGUUCAAGUACAUGGAAGUGGUCACGGUGCACAGCCUUGCUCAUCGAUGAGUGCGGGCGGGACAUUCAUGUCAAGUAGCAUUGCACAACUAACGAGCCAGAGCGAUGGUAAUGUUCAAGCACGAGCAACUGGGUGCACUACCCAGACUACCUUAUCGGCAGAGGGAAGUGGCCCCUGCUUAUCGGUGGCUACUGGUGACACAUUCUCGUCAACUAGUGAACGAACAAGUCAGAACGACGUGGACUUUCAAGGACAACCAACUGGGUGCACUACACUGUCUACCUUAUCUGCGACACCUCAUGCAGCAUCUGUAUCAGUUAGUGCUCGACGACGAGGGAGGCCACGCUUGACCGAGGCGCAAAAGGCAGAGCGCAAAAGACGGCAUGCUGAGGCUAUGCGACGAAAGCGGCGGGAAAACCCCCAAUUGCUGGCUGAACAGAGUGAGGCAAAACGGCAGCGGCAAUGGAGCUUAUAUGGUUCCGCCGUUCAAGUACAUGGAAGUGGUCACGCUGCACAGCCUUGCUCAUCGACGAGUGCGGGUGGGACAUUCAUGUCAAGUAGCAUUCCACAACUAACGAGCCAGAGCGAUGGUAAUGUUCAAGCACGAGCAACUGGGUGCACUACCCAGACUACCUUAUCGGCAGAGGGAAGUGGCCCCUGCUUAUCGGUGGCUACUGGUGACACAUUCUCGUCAACUAGUGAACGAACAAGUCAGAACGACGUGGACUUUCAAGGACAACCAACUGGGUGCACUACACUGUCUACCUUAUCUGCGACAUCCUCAUGCAGCAUCUGUAUCAGUUAGUGCUCGACGACGAGGGAGGCCAUGCUUGACCGAGGCGCAAAAUGCAGAGCGCAAAAGACGGCAUGCUGAGGCUAUGCGACGAAAGCGGCGGGAAAACCCCCAACUGCUGGCUGAACAGAUCGAGAAGAAACGACAGCGGCGCAAUGCGGACCCAGAAUUCAGAGCAAGGGAAGCCAUGUGGCGUAAACGAAAGGAACAUGCAGAACGAAACGUCAAGAAAGUGGAGGUCAAUUGCCAUGAAGGUGCCUUGCUGAGAGUGAGGAAAGCUGUAAUGAAGCAUCGUCGCUGUGAUAUGGAUCCCCAACUACGAGCGCGGGAAGCCGAUCACAAGCGUCAACGACAACAAAAUGACGCAGAACUUCGAGCUCUAGGAGCGGAGGCCCAGCGUCGGCAUCGCCAAGACAACCCUCACACGGCAGCAAGAAAAGCCGAGGAGAGGCGUCAACAGCGGCAAGAAAAUCCUGAUUUGAGGUCUCGUGAAGCCGAGGCCAGACGACUUUGGCGACGAGCCGAGGCAGAACAAACAGCCUGGGAGAGGUUAGGACAGCAUGCUACAUGCCGUGGUCCAAGAGCGCUUUAUCUUAGAAUCGGCAAACUGGGGACAAAAGCGGAGGAUGAUGCAUUCCAUGCUGCUACUCCUGAUCAAGUGCUGGAAGAGCACUCUUAUGCUUUCAAGUAUCAUGCUACAAUAUACGCCUCCGUAGGUGUGCAGGCCCAAUUCAUUCGCCCCCCAAGGAACAUGGGAAUUCAGGCAUACCCAAGGGGCUGCAGCAAGGCUGCCCAGUGCCUGCAUCAUGUUCAAUGCCGUUCGUUUGGAGUUCAAACCGAAGCAUGAAUCUCGAUAAACUGUUUUGUAUGAUAUUUUGGAGGGCCUUGCAGGAGACAGGCCACCAUUGGACGUCACUGACCACAGCUAACGUCAGUCAGCAGAAAACAGCAUUAAACUGUUCACUUCACCAGGGCCUCGACCGGCUCUUGGUGAAGCAGCAGGGAGCCGCAGCAUCCAGUCAUGGUACGUUCAGGAUAUACCUGGAAACGUGAACCGGUCCUGGGGGUGUAUUGCAAUGUGGCAUGUGGGUCAAAAGAAGUGGGACCUCCCCCACUUGAGCAGAAGGCGUUAUAAACUCUUUCUUCCUGGUGCCA